CCAGGUUAGUCACUGGUAUGGCCCCGUUUCAUAUUGGGUUCUCAUACGGUGAUGCCAGAUUAGUCACUGGUAUGGCCCCGUUUCAUAUUGGGUUCUCAUACGGUGAUGCCAGGAUAGUCACUGGUAUGGCCCCGUUUCAUAUUGGGUUCUCAUACGGUGAUGCCAGGUUAGUCACUGGUAUGGCCCCGUUUCAUAUUGGGUUCUCAUACGGUGAUGCCAGGUUAGUCACUGGUAUGGCCCCGUUUCAUAUUGGGUUCUCAUACGGUGAUGCCAGGAUAGUCACUGGUAUGGCCCCGUUUCAUAUUGGGUUCUCAUACGGUGAUGCCAGGAUAGUCACUGGUUCGGCCCCGUUUCAUAUUGGGUUCUCAUACGGUGAUGCCAGGAGAGUCACUGGUUCGGCCCCGUUUCAUAUUGGGUUCUCAUACGGUGAUGCCAGGUUAGUCACUGGUAUGGCCCCGUUUCAUAUUGGGUUCUCAUACGGUGAUGCCAGGAUAGUCACUGGUAUGGCCAGGUUAGUCACUGGUAUGGCCCCGUUUCAUAUUGGGUUCUCAUACGGUGAUGCCAGGUUAGUCACUGGUAUGGCCCAGUUUCAUAAUGGGUUCUCAUACGGUGAUGCCAGGAUAGUCACUGGUAUGGCCCCGUUUCAUAUUAGGUUCUCAUACGGUGAUGCCAGGUUAGUCACUGGUUCGGCCCCGUUUCAUAUUGGGUUCUCAUACGGUGAUGCCAGGAGAGUCACUGGUAUGGCCCCGUUUCAUAUUGGGUUCUCGUACGGUGAUGCCAGGUUAGUCACUGGUAUGGCCCCGUUUCAUAUUGGGUUCUCAUACGGUGAUGCCAGGUUAGUCACUGGUAUGGCCCCGUUUCAUAUUAGGUUCUCAUACGGUGAUGCCAGGUUAGUCACUGGUAUGGCCCCGUUUCAUAUUGGGUUCUCAUACGGUGAUGCCAGGAUAGUCACUGGUAUGGCCCCGUUUCAUAUUGGGUUCUCAUACGGUGAUGCCAGGAGAGUCACUGGUUCGGCCCCGUUUCAUUCAUCCCUUCUAUGUACCUUUAAUCUUCUUCUUUUGGGUCUAUUUUUCUAUCAGAGUCUUUCCUAUAAUGUCCAGCACAAACCAGAAGUUGUACAGAUGUUUUUAUUUUGUGAAUUAUAUUUGUACAUAUUUGAGCCUUCGUCUAACAACAGCAGGCCCCAGCCUAUACAGUGCCGUUAG